AUGCAAUGGAGUUAUUAAGUACAAGUUUACAUCAAAUAGAAAAAGAAAAACUGCAUUCCAAUUUAGUAUGAAUUUUAUUAUUUCACUUAUGUAACUAAGAAUUAUAGAUUCCGAAAAAAAAUAAAUCUUGAAUCAUUUUUAAAGAAUUUUGCUAGGAGUCAUUUUUCAAAAAAGACUAAACUCAAAUAAGUAUUAGCAAUUAAAUGUUUACAGCUAACUCAUUGUGGAAGAGAUUAAUCUUACAAUCUGAUGAAAAUGAAGAAUAAAUGGAAGAGCAGUAAAGUUAUAAAAGCACAAAAGUAAAUAAUAUAUUAUUUACUAAAAUCUGUAUUGAAUUAAUUGUUUAUCCCUUAAGAAAAUAAUAGAAUAAACAAAAUCAUUCAAUUCUUAGUUUACCAUUUAGAUUAGAAUUCGUGA